CCUCGUAUGUUAACAGUGGCCAAAAUUUACUGAAAACGAUUAGUUGAAAUAGAAAAAAAAUCGGAAAAUUACUAUAAAUGUAGUGCUUUAUUCCUGUAUCGACGGAAAUCAUCAUCCCAAUGGGCAACCCCAAGAGAGCAGACGCCCCGCUUUUGGGAAACCCGGGCCCAUUUCUGAGCAGAUCCAAAAAUCGACGUGAUCUUGGGCGGUACACGAUAACGAUUAUAAUUACCAUAAUAUUUAUCGCAUUUAUUAUGUCCUUCACCGUACCGAUGCUCUAUUUGACACUAACAACGGAAGCCACCCAUCCGAGUGAGGAAUUGAAGAAAACUUCCGAACCAAAGAAUCCUGACUUCAUCGCGAACUUAGAGGAGAACGAGAAAAGAAAGGACGAAUUGUUAGAGAUAAAAAGUCUGGAUAACAAUGCCCUGGAUAUUGGGAAUACCAAACGUCACCGCCGUGAAGUGGGAAGCGAUAAAAUGGAGUCUUGCAUAAAGAAAAACCAAGAUUGCAAGAAAAUUUUAGACUCCAUGCAUCAGCAUAUACAAUUAAUCGGCUACAGUACGAAUGACUUGAAGAAGCUCAUAGGCAUGUUAUCCGAUGGUCAAGGACCAAACGCGCUGCCAUUCGACACCAAGAUAAAGGACCUAGAGCAAUGUCUAGAGUGCCAAAAACUGGUGGAGAGCAAUUUCCCCUCUUCCCCUGGCGGAACCGUCAACACCGAGUCGACAGCUCGUUUCCACCAAGAAACAAAUUCAACAGCUCGUACCAACAUUCCCUCCGAUUUGUGUUCAACCAAAACUAUCGACCCGAAAAGCACGACCCAGAACAAAGACAACCAAUUCGGAACAAUCAUUAGAGACCAAUCCAGAACAUCCAACGAACAUCAGUUUCAACCAGCUACUCAGCCCAUUGAAACGACACCAGGGAGCGAAUGGAGAUCACCCAUCAGACUUCCAACAGACAAGAACUCCAUAGUUGAAAGUACAACGGUUCCAUCAUGCCUGAGUAGUAAACUUUUAGAGUACAUCAACAGUGCCUCUCAAUCUGCGAACCCAUCAGCAACGUUACCAGCCUCAACAACUCCACCACCAAGAUUAAACACCAGCCCAACAACCUCUACUGUACAUCAACCAACUUUUUCAUCGCCAUCCAACUUCCAAAAUGACCAAUUCUCAAAAAAAUACCCCACGUCGGAUACGACCAACUACAAAUCCAACACCGUGAUGGACUACUCUCAAUACCUGCCCACAACCUCCCCUGGCACCGAAGAAGUGCCAGAGUCCACAACGGACCCCAUACUCCAACUUCAACCGGGACUAUAUGGUGGGAUCUUGCCUCGCAUAGUGUACCCUCAACAACACCAAGCCAAGCCCAACUUCAACUCGAACCCAAUAGUCCUACCAACUGCCGAGACCACGAAAUCCACCCAACAAGUACAAUACUCCCCAGGUCUCUCCUGGAUGCCCUACCCAGUGUGUUUCCUCAGACAACCUGGCAUCCAGAAUCCAGCUGCCGAUGGGAUGACCUAUCCUCAGACACCUCCAACAGGCAUUCCCGCCAUGUUUCCUUACCCGGUACUACAGACUCCAGUGAGGACACAGACGAUCUUAAGUCAACUUGACCAAGUCCACGUGCUACCUCCAGUUCCCAUGCAGCAACCAAAGCACAUGGUGGUUGAGUGUGGACUGAUACCAUGGAUAGCUGGGGCGCCUCCACCCGUGCAACAGUUUGGUCCAACUGGUCCCGGGCUGGACACCGUUCCUGGACAACAGGGAACACCGUUCACUAGUGGAGCAGACCCUCGACCACCAUAUUCCUGGUCUUAUGUCUCUGCUCCCGUGCUCCAAUAUCCGAUGGCGACUGGGAGUCCCGAUUAUCAACGCGCCGUGAACGAGGCGAACCAAACCUUUGGCAAACCCAUCGUUGGAUACGUUAAUCAAUUUGCUGAAAAUGUCGGAUCUGCCCGUGCUGGCUGUGAGCGAGAUUUCGUCCCUUGUGCCGAUGGGAGCCUCUGCAUACCAAAGUUCCAAUGGUGUGAUGGGAACAUCGAUUGUCCCGAUGUCAGUGACGAGACGAGGUGUUCUUGCAGAGACCGCAUCGGAAGAGAACGGAUCUGUGAUGGCUAUUUUGAUUGUCCUCAUGGGGACGACGAGCUGGGGUGCUUUGGAUGUGCUAAGGGGUCAUUUAAUUGCGACGACUGGAAGAACCAAUACCAGAGAGCGUUUUGCGUACCAUUGAAUCAACGUUGCGAUGGGUACAAGCAGUGUCCUAAUGGCAAGGACGAAAUGGACUGCAGUAUCCUGACGAGGUCGCCCUCGCAGGAGAAGGAUAUGUUCACCGUUGGGUACACCAUGGGCUAUCUGCACAGAAACUGGCAGGGUCGAUGGUACCCUGCAUGCUCGACAACCGAAAUCUGGGCGAAGGAAGCUUGCAUCUCAGAAUCUGGACCAGUUUUAAGUUCGGCCCCGAUCAUCAGAAGCGAGUACAUCCCAGACAAUCCCUAUCAAGGACCCUACAUACAAGAAAGACUAACCGGAGGAAUUCAGACCAUAUCGACCUGCUAUAGUGGAGCCAUAUUCGUAAAAUGUCCUCCACUAUACUGCGGCACUACUGUGCUACCCUACCAAAGGAGUCUUCCCAAAGACAACGAUUUCGAGUCCAAUAUGGUGGGCAGUCAAAACACAAACGGCACCGUCGAACCAGGGAACAGAAAUAACAGCGACAAUGUUGGACCAUCAAAUGGAUUCGUUAAGAAAAUAAAGGAACAGCUGGAUUCCACCACUUCACAGGAUGGUGUACAGCAAAAUGACACAAUAGUUGGUUUGGAGUACCGCAUAGUUGGGGGCCGCGCUAGUCAUCCAACUGCGUGGCCGUUCGUUGUUGCUAUUUACAAGGAUGGGUACUUCCACUGUGGCGGGGCCAUUCUGAACGAAAACUGGGUCGUCACUGCUGCCCAUUGCGUGGACAGGUACAUCGAGCACUAUUACGAGGUACGAGCCGGCAUACUUAGGCGCUUCUCCUUUUCGCCGACCGGCCAAUCGAGGAGAGCGAGUUACAUCGUGCCUCAUCACUACUAUGACAAACACAUUAUGAAGAAUGACAUAGCUCUGAUGAAAUUGGACGAGCCCCUCAAUUUCAAUCGAUGGAUCCGCCCUGCUUGCUUGCCGCAGGCUUCGACAGCUGGUCCCAAUUGGAGGCAAGGUCCACUGCCGCAGACCAAUUGCGUUACAAUUGGCUGGGGUGCCACGGUAGAACACGGGCCUGAUCCCGAUCACAUGAGAGAAGUGGAGGUACCAAUUGUCCCGUACUGCAAAAAUUUUGCCGACAGGAACGAAGCCGAAAUUUGUGCAGGGGUGCCAGAAGGGGGUCGAGAUGCUUGUCAAGGAGACAGUGGUGGUCCUCUUUUGUGCAGAAAUCCACAGUCACCGUGGCAAUGGUACUUGGCUGGGAUCGUCAGUCAUGGGGAAGGAUGUGGCAGACCCAACGAACCUGGAGCAUACACGAAAGUCAGCCAGUUUGUCGACUGGAUCAAUGGGCACAUUAACAUGAGAGUUCCACCACUCGCGAGAAAACCUCUGACGAGGUGUCCAGGAUUCACCUGCGAUGGAGGUUUGGGCUCGUGCAUCUCUAAACAGAGGCACUGCGAUAAAAUCGUCGAUUGCAUGAACGCAGAGGAUGAGAUAAAUUGCCCUAAUAGGAAAUUCCCGGGCAUAUCCAGGGGAUUAUGGUUUGGUAGAACCAGCGAGUCAAACAUACAGGUCGAAAGUACUGUCAGAAACGAAGAUGAAAUAUCGGAGACGAUACCAAUGGCGAGACAAAACGUGAACACGGAAUGUGCCGAUCAGAAUCUUGAUAACGAGCCAGGAUUGACGACGGCGCCAACCGAGAGAAAAAUUAUUUCCUCCUCGAGUUAUGUAAAGGAAGCGUUGAGAGAACCAACAGCUGGUCAUGGUGAACAAUGGUCGCCGGAAAGUGGACAAAGGAGCAGUGAACCAUGGGCGCCAGGAAUUGAGGAAAACACGGUUGACUCGUCAACAGACUGCGAAGACUUAGAGAUCAUUAACGUGGAACGAGAAUAUGCGAUGAAGAGGGGCAAACACUUCAUUUGUAAACGAUUGGUGCAGACGAUUUCUGCCGAGCAGAAGUGCGACAGAAUUUCAGACUGCGAAGAUGGCACCGACGAGAGCGACUGCAGCUGCAAAGAUUUUUUGCUUCACGAACGUCCGGGAGCCAUUUGUGAUGGUCGCGUCGAUUGUUACGACGGGAGUGACGAGGAAAAUUGCACUCUCUGUCAGGACGGAGAAUUUCAUUGCAGUCGGAGUAAGGGUUGCAUCUCGCCCAGGAAGGUUUGCGAUGGAAUCAUGGACUGUCCUUUGAACGAAGACGAGGAGGAUUGUUUUGCUCUGACCAAAGGUAAAUACAUCGUUUUGGAUUUGGAUAAGCGACCAGCUCUGCAUUCUGACGGUAUCAUGGUUCAGUACAAGGACAAUAAAUGGCGCUCCGUGUGUUAUCGCCAUCACAAUGCUCAAAGCAACAUGAACAAAACCCUCAUAGGACAUAAUCUAUGCCAGUAUCUAGGAUUUGGUGCCCUGGAGAAGGUGGAGGAAAAAGUGACGCCCGACGCAGAAAUUCGGACGCUGUCCGCGGCGGAUCUCAAGAAUACAUCCUCAUUACUCGAUCUUAAACUAUUCAACUAUACCAAGUUCUGCAUCGGCCUGCAAAUUGAUUGCAGUGGCGAAAUCACCAGCACCACAAGUUUGCACGUGACAAAAGACUCAACAACUGGAAAGCAGACGUAUAGUUGGCCCUGGCAUGUCGCCAUUUUUGUCGAUGGUCGGUACCAUGGUUCUGCAGUGUUCCUAGAACCCAGCUGGAUUCUAUCGAACACCCUGUGGACGAAGGACAUUGACCUGGAGAAGAAUUACACGGUUGCUGCACUGGGUGUUGGCCGCAAUCACCAGUUUAUUGAUGGACCCAAUCAACAGGCCAUUCCGAUUGACAAUAUCACGGCUAUACCCCAUUCGAAAGCCAUUUUACUGCACCUGAAACAUCCCGCUAACGUGACUCGGCAUGCUUUGCCGAUAUAUCGUCGAUAUAGGUCGAGCACCCCAGAUGACAAAGACAUCUGCCUCACAACUGGACUGGAUAAGAGCCUGCAAACGCGGACCGUCUUUCUUCGUCCUUUAGCCAACAGUUGUACCAACUGCCAUCGCUGUUACGAAAAUACAUACCCCGAGGAAUGCAAGAGCUGCCUUGGUCUGGCCAAUUGGACCGGCAUUGUCGUAUGUCUCGGGAAAACUGGAUGGUAUCCAGCUGCUGUAUAUCUGGACGAAGAAGGACCCUGCAGUCAACGCAACUCGCAAACUCUGACGAGUAUCGACUUCAUCCAACCCGACCUAUUGAAAAAAUUGGAAGAAACCAAGGUGAUCGAAGCGGUGGAGCCAUCCUGCGAUGGAUUUCGUUGCCGGCUUGGGCAGUGCGUUCCAUGGAAUCAGGUUUGCGAUGGAAUUCAGGAUUGUCGAGAUGCUGCAGAUGAAAACGCAGAUAAUUGUCAAGAAGCGAAGUCUCGGUGCAAGAACGGCAGCGCGGCAGCCUUCAAUUGCGGCUGCUCCAGGUCGGAAUUGCGCUGCGGAAACGGCCAAUGCGUCCCGAAAGAGGCGUUUUGCAACAGUAAGGUCGACUGCUCCGAUGGCACGGAUGAGCCUGUCAACUGCAACUGCGCUGAAUAUCUGAAACUCACAGCUCCUCAGCGCAUCUGCGAUGGCAUACGAAAUUGUCUAGACAAGACCGACGAGAACCCUGCAAUCUGCCACUGCAAAGACUCCAGCUUCAAGUGCGGCAAAAUUAACGGGACGGGCUCGUGCAUUCCUCAAGACUUCGUGUGCGAUGGCCAGACCGACUGCUCAAACGGGGAGGACGAAAAUCAGUGUAGAGCUGUGAAGAGGCUGUCCAAUUAUACACCUGGCGUGGGCGAAGUCAUCCGCCGGUCUUAUGGAGUCUGGCACUCGGAGUGCCAUCCAUAUCCGGUGGAAACGGACGAGGAAAUCGCGAACGUAUGCAGAUCUCUGGGAUUCGCCGACGGUAGGGCAGCGCAGUUUGUCAAUGCUUCAGCUUUGCAGGAAAAACCGGUACUGCCUCGGCGAGAUACGUUCUACGUCGUCAGGAUCAAUCCGCAGACGUGGAUCACCAUGAGAGGAGACACUCCUUUGGUCACCUUGGUGGAACCAAUUGACACCUGCAACCGACUCUUCGUCAACUGCACGAAAUUGCCCUGAGAUAAAAACGACAAAUUAUCCUUCCAUCCAGAGUAAAUUAUCGGUAAAAUGGAGGAGGCUUACACUGUUGUAUAAUUUUGUUAAGGUUGCGAAGUAGCGGACGCACUUACCGCCAAUUGCAGGUGGUACCAAAUGAAGGUUCGACCUGCACAAACGGAUCACCCGUGAGAUGGGUGUAAU